UGACAGCAACCACAUUUAUCCCCUAUUGUUAAUAGAGAGAAAAAUGUCUCCAGAUAACCAGUGGUCAGCAGAUGGGGAUGAAAGCCCACUCGCCCGACUGAUUAGGAAAUCUAGAGACUUCCCCUUUGUUCCCGUAGGAAUAGCAGGCUUUAUGACUGUGGUAUCCUAUGGUCUUUACAAGUUAAAGUACAGAAGAGACCAGAAAAUGUCCAUUCAUCUUAUUCACAUGAGAGUUGCUGCCCAAGGAUGUGUUGUAGGAGCUGUGACCCUAGGUGUUCUCUAUUCUAUGUAUAAGGAUUACAUUAGACCUCGAUUCUUCAAUGUGUCCAAAAAAUGAAGCUACAUACAAGACAAGAAGGCUUCUGAAAACUAUUUAUUCUGAAGAAUGAAUUUUCAAUAUGUAGUAAAUUAUACUGCAGAAGUAUGAGACAGGAUUCUCAUAGCCUUGUAUAGCAAGUCUCAAUUGUUUAUGUUGAUUUCCAAAUCAAGAGUCAUUGUCAACUCAAAAAUAUCCCUGUUGUCUUUCAGAACUGAGGACAUGAUUUUCUGACUUUUAGAAUUUUUAUUUUCUAGUUAGUGGCAGAAAAUAUAUUAUGCCAAAUGAAUCUGAAAAUUAUAAUGGCUACAGAAAAAUUAUCUAUAUCUGUAUUAAAUGUGAGGGUCUAGCCUGGGUGGCUGAGUGGUUUAAGU